AUGUGGAGCUCCCCGGGGCCCGUCUGGGUGUUCCUGGCUCUGGCCGUGGCCGUGUGUGCAGGGCUGAAGGUGACCCCGGCCGUGAAGUACACGAAGCCAAAGCCCCCACAGCUGGUGGCCUCUCGCCCCCCUCCCACCCUUCUCCCGGGGAAAAUCCCAGUCCUGGCAGCUCCAGGUGGAGCCGAGUCAACCCCCCCGAGCCGAGGGGCCACCACAAUGUUCCCCUUUGAGAACUACACCCUGGACACGGCUGAGUUCUUCUUCAACUGCUGCGACUGCUGCCCCCCUUCUGCGGGGCCCCGGGGGCUGCCGGGGGAGCAGGGACCCCCAGGUCCCAAGGGGGACAAGGGAGAUGAUGGUCUGCCAGGUCUGCCAGGAGCUCCAGGCCCUCAAGGUCCAAAAGGUUCUAAAGGAGAGAGAGGAGGAAAAGGGGAGCAAGGUGAGCGAGGAGCAAGUGGAAAUCCCGGUUAUCCAGGCAAACCUGGGCUGCAAGGUGAAGCCGGAGCCAAAGGCAAUAAGGGCAACUACGGCUUCCCUGGGCUGAAGGGCCAAAAGGGGUCCAAAGGGGACACUUGUGAGAACGGGACCAAAGGAGCCAAGGGGGACAGGGGGGAUCCCGGAGACCCAGGAGUGGUGGGAGAACAGGGUGACAAAGGGGAAAAGGGAGACACGGGGGAGAAGGGCUACUGUGGGGAGCCAGGGGGGAGAGGGGCGAAGGGAGACAGAGGGGAAGGGGGGACCAAGGGGGAAAAGGGGAGCAAAGGGGACACGGGGGCUGAGGGGAUUCGAGGGGUGGACGGAAAACAGGGAGAAAAGGGUGAGCGAGGAACUAAGGGUGAGAAAGGGGACCUGGGCCCCGCCGGCAUGAUGGGACCUGCCGGUCCCAAGGGGGUGGCGGGCAGCAAGGGGGGCCGGGGGGCGCCGGGCAAGAAGGGCUCGCGCGGGGCCAAGGGCAUGCGGGGCGACCCCGCCAAGGCCCCGAGAUCGGCCUUCAGCGCCGGGCUGUCCAAGCCCUUCCCUCCCCCCAACGUGCCCAUCAGGUUUGACAGGGUCCUGUACAACGAGCAGCGGGAUUACAACCCUUCCACCGGCAAGUUCAACUGCUCCGUGCCCGGCACCUACGUCUUCGCCUUCCACCUGACGGUGCGCGGGCGGCCGGCGCGCGUUGGCCUCGUGGCGCGCACCAGGAGGGUGGCCAAGGCCAGGGACACCGUCCACGGGCAGGAGAUCGACCAGGCCUCCUUCCUGACCAUCCUGAAGCUCGGUGCAGGAGACCAGGUGUGGCUGGAGGUGGCGCGGGACUGGAACGGGGUCUACGCGGGCGCGGAGGACGACAGCGUCUUCACGGGCUUCCUCCUCUACCCGGAUGUUCUCGAGGUCCUGAGGUAGAUUUAGAGGGAGAAGGUGCCUUCUGUCAAGUGCAGAUACCCUUCCAGAAGAUUUGUAACGAGGAGAUUAGGCCUUGUUUCGCUUAGGAAGCCUUUCCUGCCUAAGAAAAAAAUACCUUUGUCAAAGAUAAUUUGGAUGUUUUCUCCUCUUGCGUUCCAGAGGAGAGUUACAGCCUCUGUGGUGGGAGGAGAGAUAAACUCACACAGGCUACAGGGGAGGGCCUGGCAAAGAUAAAAAAGCCCUGAAGAGAACAGGAGGUGCUUUUUGCAGCACUGCUAGGAGUUUUUCCCUUGUAAGUGCAGUGUUCUGGACUUUGGAAUAAAUUUUCCAGAACUCCUUCCGCUGCUUGACAUUUUGGGGGUACCUGUGUGUUAUCUUACUUCACAGUGUCACUGGAAAACAGGAUUUUCCCUGUGCCUGCGAGAGGAGAAAUGACCAUCAGUCAGUUUAGUGGCUGCUUUUAAUUAUAUUUUCACAAAAAUGUUUAUAUUUGCAAUAUUAGUUGGUUAGAGCAGGGUGCUGGUAACACCAAGCUUGUGGGUUUGAUCCCCAUUCACUUAAAAAUUGGACUUGAUGCUUGUGGGUCCCUCCCAACUCAGAAUAUUCUGUGACUCUGUGAAUAUAUGGAUUAGUUUUAACUGGCAGCCCCAAGAAGUGACAUGUCCUUUGUGAUGGUUGAGAGGAACCAGCAUCCAAACCCCAGCAGGACCAGCUUGGAAAGGGAAUUUCCCAUCCCAGGCUCCAGGUUUGUAAUUGGCCUGUUCAAAUUACGUAAAGAAACUCAUGGCCUGACUGUAAUUUUAAUCCUGCAAUCCUCCCAUGGUCCAAACCCCACCAGGAAUUGGUUCUGAUAAUCUAAAAAAAUAAAAGUGUUGGUAAAGAUUGCAGAGUUUGAUUUAUAGAGCUCAGUCAGAUGUGAACAUGAGCAGUAGGUUUCUUAAAAUCACAUGAAAAGAUUUAAAGCUAUUUUAUCUUUGAAUCAGUAUUAUUUAGUACUUUAGACAUGGUCACGAAUUAUAUAAAGGUUUGUCUAAAGGAGUAUUAAAGUUAUUUAGAGAGUUUAAAAAAAAACACCCCAAAACUAUUGUUCUUUGACACAAAUAAAUCUGAAACUUUCAGAAGUA